UGCGGGGCGCCCCGAGGGGGUCCCCGGGCUGCCCCGCCGCCAUCGCCGGGGGCGGCCGGGGCCGCGGGGCGGCCGAGCCCCGCAUGCCGCCGGGAGAUGCUUUGCCCUUCGCCGGGGACUGCUGCGGCGGCCUGAGCAAUCUGGAUUACAGCAAGCACGUCCUAGGCACAGGCCAAUCUGCUUCCCGCUGGCAGCAGCAAAUUUGGCCGUUCAGGAGGAAAAAAAAGAAGGUGGACGUGAGAGCCAUGGCGCGGCUGUUGGGCUACGUGGACGUGACGGACGCGGGCUUCACUGCGGCCGUCCUCAGCAUCGCCUUCAACCCGCUCUUCUGGAACGUGCUUCACGGAGGCCAUGAAGAGCCAGCCGAAGCUGGAGGGCUUGGACUGCCGCUGGGGCUACGUCUUGGGCUUGGCCAUCCUGGCCGUCGGGACCUUGUUUGUCAUCUCCAGCUUCUUGGCUCUGGGCUUCGUCGGCACCUUCCUAGGCGACUACUUCGGCAUCCUGAUGGAGGCGAAGGUGACGAGCUUCCCUUUCAGCGUCCUGGACAACCCCAUGUACUGGGGCAGCACCGCCGUCUACCUGGGCUGGGCCCUCAUGCACGCAAGCCCAGCUGGCCUUUUGCUGACGGCUGUAGUGGCAAUUUCCUACACAAUUGCAAUGCUGUACGAGGGCCCGUUCACGGAGGAGAUCUACCGGCGGAAGGGAGCGGAGAGCGAAUAGCGGCAGCAGGGUCCCGUUCCGGCCCCGCGAGCUGGGAUGUGAAGCACAGACGUCGGGACUCGGCUAUUCCCAAAGAUUCCCGGUGCCAGAACCUGUUCCAGAGGGAAGAUCGCAGGGGCGAGGCGGCAGGCCCAGGCUGGAUGUCUAGAGCUGAACAGCCUUAGAACUGAACUGUAAUUGCCAAAAAAAAAAAAAAAAAAAAUCGAAAAAAAAGAAAAAAGAAAAAAAUAAUAAACCAAGCGUAAAGCCCCUGGGAGCGGGUGGCGGAAAGGGGGAGGCGGAGGAGGAGCCAGGAGUGCUCGCCCCUGCGGGAGCCCCGGCUCUCCCCUCGCCUCGGGGCCCCCCGCGGCCGUCCCCGGUCAGGGGCCGGGGCGGCCGGAGGAGCGGUGUCGAGCCGCGGCGUCCUCGCCGUCCCGGCGUUGCUCCGUCGGCCCCGGCGUCUCUUUUCCAUCGGGCCUCGUGGCUGCCGCCUUCGCCUUCCCCUGCUUCAGAGCCCGUGCAUGAGGAUUUUUUUUUUUUUUAUUUUAAUCGCCGCCUCCGCGGCCUUCCUCUUGAAGACCUGGGCGCAGCAUUUUAUUUUUAGGUGAGUUUCCCCCUCCCCUUCGCAGCUGGGGUUCACAGGCGGAGGCUGAGCCCUCGCAACCCCCCGGCCAAGGAGCCCCCGCCUUGUGCAGAUGGUUUACAUCGGAGUUGCCAGUCCUGGCUCAAAGUCACCGAUAUAAAUAAAUUUAGAUAGGUAAAAUCA